ACCACAAAUGAGAUAGAGGAGAGGAGAGAAGAGAAGAGAAGACAGCCCCAAACCAAAGCCCCAAGAGGAGAGGAGACAAAAAAGUAAAAGCGAGGGAGCGAGAGACCCACACUCACCACUCUUUCCAUUUUGAUCCUCCAAUUCGGACUCCGGACCCUUUCUCUCCCUAGGGUUUGUUUUUGGGGAGGCAAUGGCGGAGCAGAAGAACAGGUGGAACUGGGAGGUGGCUGGAUUCGAGCCGAGAAAGGCCACGGAGCCUUCGCCUCUACUCAGGCGCUACUCGAUCUCUUCCUCCACUGUGCUACCGCAUUCCGAGCCCUCCAAGCACAACGCCCUGGCCUCAAAGCUUCAUAGAUUGAAGGAAAAAGUUAAGUUUGCUAGAGAAGAUUACUUGGAGUUGAGACAAGAAGCUAGUGAUCUCCAGGAGUACUCAAAUGCUAAACUUGAUCGAGUUAUACGCUAUUUGGCUGUUCUUGCUGAUAAGACCCAGAAAUUAGAUCAGGCUGCCUUUGAAGCUGAGGCUAGAAUAUCUCCAUUGGUGAAGGAGAAGAAAAGAUUGUUUGAUGACUUGUUGACUGCCAAAGGCAGCAUAAAGGUCUUUUGUCGCACAAGGCCAGUAUUUGAAGAUGAAGAUCCUUCUGUUGUUGAAUUUCCUGAUAAUUUUACCAUUCGCAUUCCUACUGGUGAUGAUAAUGUUGCCAACCCAAAGAAAGAUUUUGAAUUUGACAGGGUUUAUGGGCCUCAUGUUGGACAAGCUGAACUUUUCAGUGAUGUUCAACCCUUUGUGCAGUCAGCUUUUGAUGGAUUUAAUGUUUCAGUAUUUGCAUAUGGACAAACUAGCUCUGGAAAGACAUACACCAUGGAAGGCUCUAGUCAUGAUCGUGGCUUGUAUGCCAGAAGUUUUGAGGAGUUGUUUGAUUUGUCCAACUCAGCUACAACCUCUACUUCUCGAUUUAAUUUUUCUGUCACAGUCUUUGAAAUCUACAAUGAACAGACUAGGGAUUUGCUUUCAGACUCAAGAAAGGCCGUACCAAAGAUCUGGAUGGGGUCACGUGACUCAUUGAUAGAACUUGCACAGGAAAAGGUUGAUAAUCCACUGGAUUUCUCCAGAGUCUUGAAAGUGGCAUUUCAGAAUCGGGGAACGGAUCCGUUGAUGUUCAACUUCUCUCAUCUGAUUGUCACUAUUCAUAUAUAUUAUAACAAUUCAAUCUCUGGAGAAAAUUUGUAUAGCAAGCUUUCUUUUGUUGACCUGGCUGGAAGUGCAAGUUUAACUAUGGAGGAUGAUGGAGGGGAGCAUGCCACAGACAUAUUGCAUGUCAUGAAAUCACUUUCAGUGUUGGGUGAUGUUUUAAAUUCCUUGACCUCCAAGAAGGACACUGUUCCAUAUGAACAUUCAAUGCUAACAAAAGUACUUGCAGAUUCACUAGGUGGAAGCUCAAAAACGUUGAUGAUUGUUAAUGUGUGUCCCAAUCUUUCAAAUUUAUCCGCAACAUUGUCAUGUCUCAAUUUUUCUGCCAGAGCUCGGAAUGCUGUACUAAGCCUUGGAAAUAGAGAUACAAUCAAGAAAUGGAGAGAUAUUGCAAAUGACACACGCAUGGAAUUGUAUGGAAAAGAGGAGGAAGUUAAUGGUCUGAAGCAAGAAGCUUUGGCCCUAAAAGAAGCUCUGAAAGAUGCAAAUGAUCAGUGUGUUCUACUCUUCAAUGAAGUUCAAAAGGCCUGGAGAGUUUCUUUUACACUGCAGUCAGACUUAAAGUCUGAAAACAUCAUGCUUGCAGAGAAACAUAAGAUAGAAAAGGAUCAAAAUGCACAACUGAGAAAUCAGGUCGCACAACUGUUGCAGUUGGAACAGGAACAAAAAUUGCAGAUACAGCAACGUGAAUCGACAAUUCAAACUCUGCUGGCCAAACUAAAAGGUUUUGAGACACAAUUGAAUGAGGCUCUUCGUGCCAGGGAGGUUAGCUCAGACUCAUCUGUGGCUCAAUCAAUUUCUAAAACAAGCAACGAUGGGAUGGAUUCUAUUGCAGUUACCAAGAAACUAGAAGAAGAACUAUUAAAACGUGAUGCACUUAUUGAGAGGUUGCAUGAGGAAAAUGAGAAAUUGUUCGAUAGAUUGACAGAGAAAGCAAAGUCCGUUGCAUUACCCCAGGUGUCUAGUCCAUUGCCCGAGGGAUCAGCUAAUGUUCAGGAUUGGGACCUUGGGAGGAAUGGUACUGAUAAAGGAGGUCCUAUGAAUAUUGCCCCUUUGCCUUUGGCCCCGGAGAAGGCUGAGGGUACCAUAGCUUUGGUUAAAUCAGGCAUCGAGAAGGUCAAGACAACCCCAGCAGGAGAAUACCUUACUGCUGCCCUGAAUGAUUUUGAUCCUGAGCAAUGUGACAGUCUUGCUGUCAUUUCAGAUGGUGCAAACAAGCUUCUGAUGCUGGUUUUAGCAGCGGUAAUUAAAGCAGGUGCUUCAAGAGAGCAUGAAAUACUUGCCGAAAUAAGAGAUGCUGUUUUCUCUUUCAUCCAUAAGAUGGAGCCAAAGAGGGUGAUGGACACCAUGCUUGUUUCACGUGUCAGGAUUUUGUAUAUAAGAUCUUUGCUUGCUCGAUCUCCAGAACUGCAAUCAAUCAAGGCAUGUCCUGUUGAGCGAUUUCUACAGAAGGCUAAUACAGGACGCAGCAGAAGCUCCAGUCGGGGUAGCAGCCCUGGGAGGUCUCCUGUGCGUUAUGAUCCAAACAGGAAUUCUCUCAUUGAUGAGCAGAUUCAAAGCUUUAAAGUAAAUAUAAAGCCAGAAAAGAAAUCCAAGUUAUCUUCCGUUGUUUUGAAGAUGCGUGGAAUUGAUCAGGAAACAUGGAGACAGCAUGUAACUGGAGGAAAGCUAAGGGAAAUAACUGAGGAAGCUAAAAGUUUUGCUGUUGGGAACAAGGCUCUUGCUGCUUUGUUUGUUCAUACUCCAGCUGGUGAGCUGCAGCGCCAAAUCAGGUCUUGGCUUGCGGAGAACUUUGAGUUCCUUUCUGUCACUGGAGAUGAUAUUGUUGGGGGAGCGACAGGUCAAUUAGAACUUCUUUCAACUGCAAUAAUGGAUGGUUGGAUGGCUGGACUUGGUGCUGCAACACCUCCUAGUACUGAUGCUCUUGGACAGCUUUUGUCUGAGUACUUGAAGCGGGUCUACACUUCCCAAUUGCUGCAUCUGAAGGAUAUUGCAGGUACCUUGGCAACUGAAGAUGCAGAGGACUUGGCGCAAGUGGCUAAACUACGUUCGGCUCUUGAGUCUGUUGACCACAAAAGAAGGAAGAUAUUGCAACAAAUGAGAAAUGAUGUGGCAUUACUUGCACUAGAGGAUGGCAGUUUGCCUGUUCGGAAUCCAUCUACUGCAGCUGAGGAUGCACGUCUGGCAUCCUUAAUUUCACUAGAUGGAAUAUUAAAGCAAGUCAAGGAUAUAACUAGACAAUCCUCUGUAAGCACAUUGGGGAAGAGUAAGAAGAAAUUAUUACUUGCAUCUCUAGAUGAACUAGCUCAAAGGAUGCCUUCCCUGCUUGAUAUUGACCAUCCAUGUGCCCAAAGACACAUUGCGGAUGCUCACCAUUUAGUGGAGUCCAUUCCUGAGGAGGAUGACCAUUUAAAAGAAUCAUCAAAUGCUCCCAAGCCAGCUGCGGAGUUGGGACCUGGUACGGAAACUGAUGUGGCACAGUGGAACGUUCUACAGUUCAAUACAGGUUCUAGCACCCCAUUUGUCAUUAAAUGUGGAGCGAACUCAAGCUCGGAGCUUGUGAUAAAAGCUGAUGCCCGAGUUCAAGAACCAAAAGGCGGUGAGAUUGUGAGAGUUGCUCCAAGACCAACAGUUUUGGAAAAUAUGAGUUUGGAGGAUAUGAAACAAGUAUUUUCUCAACUCCCCGAGGCUCUGAGCCUGCUUGCCCUUGCUAGGACAGCAGGUGGAACCCAAGCUCGGUAUUCAAGAUUGUACAGGACUUUAGCCAUGAAGGUUCCCGCACUUCGGGACCUAGUUGGCGAGCUAGAAAAGGGGGGAGUACUAAAGGACGUGAGGCCUCAAGCCUAAUUUUAUGUGGUGUUUAUAUCAUUUUGGGAUUGGGACUCUAUUGGGUUGUGUAAUUUAUUCUGUUGUUUCUUCGCCUUUUCAACUCGUAUCCAGGAACUCUUUUUUCCUUCUUUACAAGUUGCCGUGUUUUAAACAUUAUCGCCGGAAAUGAUUUCUGUCGGCUCGCCACAAUUUUGUGAUAUCGCUCGUCAAUUGUUUUAUUUACUUAUUUAUUGUAAUAUGCUUUAUCUGCAUCAA